UUCAUCAGGUUGGUUUGAACUUAGUGUUUGAUAUUUUUAGGAAUUGUGAUAGAUUAGAUAUAAUGGAAAACUCUAUCGAAAGAAUACCUGAGCCAAAAACCGUGAACUAUCAACGAAGUGUAACGUUUGAUGAUGCUCUCUCUAUGACAAAGUUUGGAAAGUUUAACUAUAUUCUCAUCAUAAUAUCUGGAACAAUAUUAACUUCAGUAUUGCUGGAAACUCUUGGGAUUAGUUAUGUCAUCCCUGUGGCCGAGUGUGAUUUACUGUUGACAACGAAAGAAAAAGGAGUAUUGAGUGCAGUGGCUUUUGCAGGAAUCAUCGCUAGUUCACACCUGUGGGGUUUUCUUGCUGAUACCCGGGGGAGAAAGAAAGUCAUCGUUCCUACGCUAUUCUUAACAUUCGCUGCAACUGUUAUUUCUAGUUUCACAUCAAAUUUUUGGAUCAUCACGAUUUUAAGAUUUUUUGCUGGAUUCUUUAUCUCAGGCUCGUCGGCGACUAUCUAUGCAUACCUCGGCGAAUUUCACAACAAGCGCAAUGGGUCACGUGCUAUUAUGGGAGCUUCGUUUGUUUUCGGCGUGGGUUGCCUACUACUCCCAGGAAUUGCUUUUUCUAUAAUAAAUCAAGAAUGGGAAUUCACAGUACCUUAUCUGGACGUUGUCUAUCGUCCAUGGCGACUAUUUCUUGUAGUUUGUGGACUUCCGAAUCUGGUGUGCGCAUUCACAUUGUUGAAAUUCCCCGAAAGCCCAAAAUUUGUGUUUACUCAAGGAAAUCCUGAAAAAGCCAUCGAAACCAUCCAAUGGAUGCAUAAGUUGAACACCAGUGGGAAGGAAUCUAAGUUACAAAUAGCUUCGAUCUUGGACGAAAACGAGCCACAGCAGACCAAGGACCGACGCAGUGAAGAAAAUGAUAGCAAUGGAUUUCGUGUCUUGAUGAAACUAGUAUGGGAUCAAACCGCUCCACUUUUCAUGAGUCCUUAUUUGAACAAAACGGCUAUAGUUUGUAUUUUACAAUUUGGUAUCUAUCUGUCUUCUAACGGUUUGUACAUGUUUUUUCCGGAUAUUAUCAAUCGUGUGGCAGAAGUGCAGGAAGGUGGUUCGAACAAGACUACAAUUUGUCAUGCUGUUUAUGAAACCCAAGCGAAGAUGUCCGCAUUUGAAUCUAAUUUCACUGAAACGAUGCCAGAAUGUAACCAAAAACUGGACAUUAUGGCCUACGAACAUUCGUUUAUAUUAGAACUGUUAUACGCUUUGGGUUUUGCCGUUAUUGGACUUAUCAUAAAUGCUGUUGGCAAGUUGCCCAUAUUGGUGUUUGUGUUCUUCUGCUGUGGACUUUCGGGUGUGCUCAUCACAUUCAUCGAUGUUCCGUUUAUAGCCGUGUGGUUAUAUGUAAUUUUAUUGACAUGCGGUUAUUGCAUUAACGUCGUUAAUGCCGUCACUGUGGAUCUAUUUCCCACUAAUUUGAGGGCAAUGGCUGUCUGCAUCUCUCUUAUGUUUGGAAGACUAGGGAGCGUUGUAGGAGCAAACCUCGUUGGUGUAUUGUUGGACACUCAUUGCGACCUGACGUUCUGGAUAUCGGGUAUAUCACUAAUUAGUUGUGGCAUUCUGUCCUUCUUCAUUCCAAACAUCUACAAACGAAACCCAUCCGGGCCAAGAAUCAGUGUCUCAUCGAAUAUUUCAUCACGAUGAAUUAGGCUGGCACGUGUGGAGUUGAGUAAAAUAUGAUUAAGUCUGAGCAAUUUAUCAAUAGACUGAAAAGUUGGCAUAGUGCUAAAUAAAAUAUAGAAAGUAAUAUUAUAUUAAUGU